AGCACGCGUACCUCAAUGUCGUGACGCGCGGAGAUAUGUCGAGCUUGAAGUGGUUUGACGCUCACCACAAAUACUUCCCUAAUCUUCCCGACAGCGAAAAGAAAGAGCAGGAAGUGUUGUGUAAUGUCUACUACUCUGCCCUCAACUUUAAGGAUGUGGUGUUAGUGUCGGGUAAGAUACAGCCCGGACCGGAGGGCGCCCUCUUUGACUGCAUCAUUGGUCUGGAGUUCGCGGGCCGUAGGAGUGAUACCGGGCAGCGAGUGAUGGGAAUGGUUCCCUUCAAAGGCAUCGCCACAACACUUCUCACUUAUAAGGACUACUUGUGGGACAUUCCGGACCACUGGUCCAUCGAAGACGCGGCCACUGUUCCCGUGGUUUAUGUGACCGCUUAUUACGCGCUUAUAAUGCGUGGAAGUCUAGUGGAGGGCGAGUCAGUGCUCAUCCAUUCGGGCGCCGGUGGUGUAGGACAGGCCGCUAUCUUCAUCUGCCAGAGUAUGGGUUGCGAUGUGUUUGUGACCGUCGGUAAUGACGAGAAACGGGAUUUCAUGAAAAGAAAGUUCAAUAUUCCCGACGAUCACAUCGGGAACUCACACGACGUUACUUUCGAGAGACAGUUCAUGACUGUUACUAAAGGCAAAGGCAUUGACGUUGUCCUCAAUUCACUCACUGAAGACAAACUUCAGGCAUCGCUUCGAUGUUUGGCACCGAAUGGAAGAUUCCUUGAGAUCGGGAAAUACGAUAUGCAGAUGAAUAAGAGUUUGGGAUUAUUUGCAUUCCUCAACAACAUCUCCUUCCAUGGCGUGGGACUCGACUGUAUCUUCCGAGAGGGCCCGUCCUCUAAGAAAUUGAAGGCAUUUAUGAAAGAAAUGACUCGACUUCUCAACGAAGGCAUCAAAAACAAUGUCGUCAAACCCAUUGAGAAGACUGUGUUUGGCGUCAAAGAGGCGGAACAGGCCUUCAGAUACAUGACUACCGGUAAACACGUGGGAAAAGUGCUCAUUAAGAUUAGAGAUGAAGAAGAGGAGAAGAUUGUGGUCACACCUAAAACAUUGGUCGUGAAGGCGACCACAAGAACGUGGUUCCAUCCCUCAAAGACAUAUAUAAUUGUGGGCGGUUUGGGAGGCUUUGGACUGGAGUUGGCGUAUUGGACAGUCUUAAGGGGAGCCAAGAAGUUAGUGCUCACGUCGAGGACUGGUGUGAAGAACGCCUAUCAGAAGCUCUAUUUGAAACGUUUCAAAGAGUUUGGACGACUUAUCGAAGACUAUAAAAUCGAUUUAACGGUUUCGACAAAUAACUUGACAACACUUGAGGGCACACAUCGGCUCAUAGAUGAGGCCAACGCUAAGGGAGCCGUCGGAGGGGUUUUCAAUUUGGCACUCGUUUUGAAGGACGGCUUCAUUGAGAAUCAAACGGCCGACACAUUCAAACAGUGUUGCGAACCAAAGUUCGAGGGAUUGCAUCAUUUGGAUGAAUUGAAACAAGUGACUACUGAUGUGUCGCUCAUCAAACUGCUGAAGAAAGAGGAACACUUCCAAGUGAUUCAGGAAACUGUGCUCAACAGCUAUGGCUUCCGACGAGAGGACUUUUUGGGUCGAUUUGACAUUUUCACUGUAUUGGGAAGUGAGGCCGACUUCUUGAGCACACAUUUACCAAAAGUCACGGAAAUUAUUUCAAACAAAAUAGACAACCGAUCG